AUGUCGACCCUCCCGGUGCUGCCGGCAGAUAUCCACUUGCCUUCGCACCUCCAGGCCCUAUGUCUGACGUCGAAAGCGCUAUGCGACCUCGCCAGGCCUCGACUGUAUCGGAAGGUCACCAUCAACGUACUCGAUCCAUCGGAAGUCGCACGGUUCGAGAACUGCAUGGCCGAAGGUGCCCAAGCGCAUCUUGACGCUACAAGGAGCUUGACGUUGAUGGACAGCCUUCCCCCGGCAGAAGCUCCCGAGUUCCAGACCAAGCCGCAUCGACGCUUCGACCGUGAAGACAGGUUGACAUCUGCUCAAAGUAGCGCGAUAGAAGCGAUACUAGACUAUUUCCCUCCGGACUGCCUACAAUCUUUUCGGUGCGUCCUCGAUCUUCGGAAUGCUGCACAUGCCAGCCUGUCGCAUGCUCUCGUCAUAACCUCGCGGACUGUCAUGUUCCUCUCGACCCUACCGUUGCCGUCGAACAUAGCACGCGAAUUUUUCCUUAAACAAAUGGGCACAUUAACACACGUACACCUAAGACUCGAGGACCUAUUUCAAUUACAAUACCUCGACUGUGUGCGAACUGCGGACCUCUGGCUCCCCCAUCCAGAAGAAACCUGGUCGGAAUUGGAGGAAGAGAACUUUCUGGACUCCCUGGAGGACAUCGGCAAGUAUAAGGAUCUGGAGAGACUGUACCUUGGAACCAAGUUUGAUAGGUAUUCACACGAUCUUAGCCGAAGACUCGCCGAAACCUUUUCGUCUCUAGACGAAUCGUAUGGGCGCCUAGAGAAGCUUCGCCAACUUUCAAUAUCCGGAAUCCCUCUCGGCAUCGAUACAUACGGACUCAGCAAGAUUAUAUCGUUUCCUCAGCUCACACAUUUGACUCUUUGGGCAUGUUCCUGCAGCCAAAGGUUCAUCUCCAAUUUGGUACAUGAGCUUGGCGACCAGGACUUAUCGUUGAAACAUCUAGGACUGGAGCUAGUCGACGACGACGAGGUGGAAGACCCGGAUGAUGAUACUCCCUACGAAGAGGACGAUGACGCCGUCGAAGACUGUCCAUCCCUGGACACGCUCGUACUGGGCAUGGAAAACCAGGUCACGAACAGCAAAGAAUUACAGGUCAGAAAUCGCGGAAAAGAGAUGCCGCCCGCGCGUUGCUUCCGCCGAACACGCAAGAUUCGUGAUGAUGAAAGCACGCGCAGCGAAUCCCUUCCCAUAUCUUUGGCAGAGUGCCGAGCGACAAGUGACUACACAGAGGUUCUCGACUGGUACACCGGCUGUGAGUGUCUCUAUGCGAACUGCGUGUGA